GAAAUCCACAGGGAUAUAUUUCCGUGCUUCUUGUUAACACCUCCAUAGUUCAGUCUUUUGCAUUUUGAAGUCUGUGGCAUUUUCUACUUCUCUCGAAACAAGUAAUCCCAAACACAUUCAAUAAUGUUGAGGACUGGACUCUGGGGUGGCCAGUCCAUUGUUCUGAGAACACCAGCAGCUUAAUCUUCUUAACAGUGUGCUUCGUGUCAUUAUCUUGCUAUAAAAUUGAUUUUCUCCCAAUCAAAUAUUGUCCAGAGAGUUUUUAUUUAUUUAUCAUGCAGGCUUGUUACAGUGCAAACCUUCAGAAACCUUGCCACUGUUGAAGUCAACUCAGCAUACUGUUGUCAACAGAGAGCUUUUAUCACAAAGAAAAUGUCAAGAGCAAGGCCAGGAUUUUCGUCUCUGCUGCCUUUCGAAAGGCCAAGAAGUUCAAGGCAUCUCCAACCGCACCAUGCACUCCCCCCUCUGCCCCUCCCUCCCGCUGCCUCUGCCUUGAAACCCGAAAGGUACAGCAGACCGCAGAUGCUGAACACUAGCGCCACCCUGGUGGACAUGGACUGCCAGAGCGGCCGGGAGAUUGUGAGCAGUGUGAAGAGACUACAGGGCAGGGGGCCGAGCGAUGAGCAGCUGCUCAAGCUGAUGUUGGAGGAGCACAUCUACAGCGUCACCAUGCUGACCCAGAGGCUGAACGGAGAUAUUGAGGUGUUACAGGAGAAACUGCGGUCCUGGGCUGAGGUGACCUAUGGGACCCAGUCUGCUCUGCAGAGGAUGGAGCUGCAGCAGCUUGCCGUCCUGGGAGACCUCCGUGGAAGGAUUGCCAGGUGUGAUGCCAACAUUGCCAAGUUAUCAACUGACCUCCGAUCCACCAGAGAGGAUCUCCAAAGCCUGGACAAAGAACAAAAGAUCUCUAAAGCUGCAUUAGAGACCAAACUUAGGGAGGUAGAAACCCAGGUCUCUCUGAUGUGCAGUAAGGUAGAUCAGACUACAACCCUAAAAGAAGCCAAGAAGAAUCCCAUAGAGGGAGACAGCAGCCUACUGGACUCAAAAUUAAAAAGUGUAACUGAUGAACUGAAAGCCCAGAUCCUCUCUGUUCAGAACUGGAUGGACAAGGAACAGGAGAACACACUCAAGGAAGUUCUAAACAAGAUUGAGCAGCUUUCCCAACUCAUAAAGAAUAAGAUUAGCAGCAAUGACAAGGCUGUCCAGUUUGCGGGGAAGCUGGGCAAGCUUGAGGAGACGCGGAGGGAGAAGGAGGAGCCACAGAGAGGGAGAGACUCUGAGCGAAUGCUCAAAGCCAAAAUCAGCAGGAUAGAGCAGAGACUGUGGGAUGAAGUGCAGGAUUUAAGGGCAGAGACAAACACUGGAUUUGCCAUCAUCCACGAGAGCCUGGCUUCCCUGAGGAAAGUGCUGGAAGCCAAGAUGAAGCUAGGCCAUGAGCAGCUGGAGCAGCGGGUUCGACAGGCCCAGGGACAAGGCAGUGGGGCUGAGCACGGCGAGCGUGUGGGGUAACAAGCCCGAACCCACCAUUACUCCCCCCAGGAGACUGCAGUGACCCUUCACUCCUUUCUCUCACAAACACAAGUCCUGUUAAAAGCCUCCUCUCCAAAAUAUUCUCAGGAAUAUGGCUUUGUAUGUAUGCAGUUUUAUUCAUACUGUAAAGGAUAUACUGUAAAAUUUUAUUUAGAACAAAAUAUGCUCUACAAUGUCUGCAUGAAAUUGACGGAAAUUGCAGUUCAAAAUGGUUAAUUCACUGCUCUUCAUUCUUUAUUCCACUGCAGAAAAGUGAGCAAGGCCUGUGGCUUUGGCCAAUAAUUUUUCUUUUGACCAAAUGUUUAGGGACUGAGGCUCAUUACUGAAAGGCUGCAGGUUUAGUUCCCAGCAGGGCCAUUGUACCUUUGUACAAGGCACUUAACCUGAAUUUCUCCAGUGAAUAUCUAGCUGUUAUUGUGAAUAUCUAUUCAUGGAUUGUGUAUUAAAUGUAACCUGUAGAAGUUGCUCUGGUUAAGAGUCUGUCAAACGCUGAAGUGUAAAUGUAUUGUGCCAAAGUGUUUCUGCUUAUAUACAAGAUGUCCUCUCUUCAUCUUGUAUUGUUUGCUAUCAGAUCAGCAGAAAUCAGGUUCUUGAAUUGAUUACAUGACAUAAAGUGCAAUUUCAGGAUGCAGCAGGUCAUUCAUGGGGUAAUUUUAUGUUUGAACAUGAGAGGAUGUUUUUUUUUGUUAUUUACUCUCAGUGUUGUGUGUCCAUGAUAUAGUGACAGUUGGACAAGUUUAUGUUUGUAAAUAAAAUGUAUCUUUUCCUGUGACAGUCAAGAUAAAUUUCAUUUUCAACCUUCUCUUUACUGCAGCUGACUGAUGCAUUUAACAUAGAACUAUAUAGGAAGUUUCUGAACUAUCACAAAUACAUGAUCAACUGAUUCAGUAUUAUUUUGUGAUAGUUUUUGUCCUCAAGUAAUGAAUGUGCUAAUAUUAUUUGUAUUUGAUGCUUUGCUUGACAGACAACUGUUGCUAGUUGUGUUGUAUUCAUCUCACAGAAGUUUUAUUUUCUUGUUGAACUGAAAUGAUGCCAGUUUGGCAAGCCAUUAGGCCCCUGGGUAAUGAGAAACACUGACAACAACUACACGGUAAAACUGUAUGUGGAAAGUAACUAACUUUCUGUAAAUCAAACAAAUACGCUCAACGCUCAACAAUUACAGCAAAUUCCUGUUCUUCAGUCUACAAACAGGAUGGCCAACCCUGGUUCCGCAGACAGCACGAGCUGGUUCCUUUUCCACCUCUAUAUCUUUAAUUGACCGGUUCGUUGCUGACUUAGGACCAGUGUUGGCCCAACCAAGUGCCAAUACUUUGAAAGCGGGCGUGAUGGAACGCAGAAUACAUUUUGAGGCGUAUUUGUGGUGUUACGUAUGUUUACUUAACGAAUUGACUUUAUGUGUCCGUUUAGAUGGUUUCCAUUAAAUGUAAAUCUUGACACAAAUGAU